AUGAAUGCGAAUGUCAGGGAGAUGAUGAACUACUUCAUGAUAAUGAAGGACAUUAAUCCGAACUUCUUUUACGCAGUGAAGUUGGACGAGAAGUGUAAAUUUAGGAGUGCAGUAUGGGUGGAUGCAAGAUGUAGGGCGUCGUAUGAAUACUAUGGAGACGUCGUGUCAGUUGAUAGCACCUACAGCAUGGAUAACUGUUUGUAUCGUUUGUCGGUGUCAACUACCAUGUGCAUGGGAACUGCUCCACAGCGAAUCAUCACCGAUCAAUGUAGAUCCAUCUUCCAUGCGAUCAGAAAUGCGUUACCUGAUACACGCCACCUGUGGUGCAUCUGGCACAUUACGAAGAAAUUACCGCACAAGCUUGGAGGUUACCACCGGUACAAAGAGUGUUAUGAUGACCUCAAUGACAUUGUGUGGAACUCUCGGACUGAGGAGUCAUUUGAGGAUAACGGGUUUGAAUUUAUAGAUGAGUACAACUUACAUAACAACACAUGGCUGUUAGACCUCUAUAAUGACCGAUGCAUAUGGGUCCUCAUAUACUUCAAGGGUGAAUUUUGGGCUGACAUGAGGAGUACGCAAAGGAGUGAGAGUAUGCACGCAUUCUACGGUGGAUUUUUACAUAGUAAGACUAACUUGGUCCAAUUUGUUCACGAAUAUGACAAUGUGCUUGGAAUCAAAGAGCAAAGAAAAUUGGAGGAUGAUGCAGCAAACUCGAUGGGGGUUAUCCCUCAUGCAACGAGCUCGCCUAUGGAGAGACAAUUUCAGCAGGAGUACACUACUAGCAUAUUUAGGGAUGUUCAAAAUGAGUCCGUGAAGAAGGCUGAUUGCAGAGUCUCUGUAGUUGCUGAAGAGAGGCCAUCGGUAUGCAUGAAGGUGGAAGAGGAGAAAUUAGUCAACGAUACUAUUCUCUGCAUUCCAUACGAUGUCCACUUUGACUGUUCCACACAGGAGAUUCAUUUCGACACCCAAGGGCCAUCGAAGGUCACCACAAAGGGUCGGCCAAAGAGUAAGAGGCUUGGUGCUGCCCUGGAGAAGUCCUUCAGAAAAUCUGCUCGGAGGAAAAACAAGAAUGCCUCCCUAGUACAUCAAGUGGCUCAUCCGGAGGCAUCUCAAGAUGUAAACUUCGGUGUUGUUGUCGGCUGGAAUGAUCCUCAACAAGCUGGUGAUUUUAUGUCUUUGUUAAGCUCCUUCAACAAAAGUUAG